UGGCACGAAGUCGCCAUGUUGGUAGGGUAAAUAUAUGGCGAAAAUCAAGUGGUUUCUCCGUCUUUUAUAACGGCCUGGUUGGUUUUAAUGGUUCUACUUCAUGCCAUGAUGUCAACGAUAACUACGACGUCGGCAAAUAGUAAACCUAUUGGUGUCACCUCGGCAAUAAGUCUCGCUGGACCAAAACCAGAGGAUGUUCAACAUACGGAGAACAUAAAAAAUGUUCUUACAGAGUAUAGCGUGUUUGAGAGCGAAGAGGAACUACAGCACAGAAUGGUUGUAUUAGCCAAACUGAAUACGAUAGUUAAAGAGUGGAUUAAACAGCUAAGUUUGGAGAAGAAUAUUCCUGAAAAUUUAAUCGACCAAGUUGGAGGAAAAAUCUUUACAUUUGGUUCCUUCAGACUGGGUGUUCACACUCAAGGAGCCGAUAUUGAUACAUUGCUAGUGGCCCCACGUCAUAUUAACAGAGAGGAUUUCUUCAGUAGUUUUUAUGAAAUCCUGAGAGGAAAUGAAGAAGUCAAAGAGUUACGGGCAAUCAAGGAUGCUUUUGUUCCUGUGAUUAAAAUGGAAUUUUGUAGAAUUGAAAUGGAUUUGUUAUUUGCAAGACUAGCUCUAGCCCAGGUACCAGACAAUCUUGAUUUGCUUGAUGAAAGCUUACUGAAGAAUUUAGAUCAAAAAUGUGUCAAAAGUUUGAAUGGUUGCAGAGUCACAGAUGAAAUUCUACGAUUAGUCCCUAAUCAUGAGUCGUUCAAACUCACGCUUCGAGUGAUUAAACUAUGGGCCAAGAAACAUGGUGUGUAUUCCAAUGUUCUUGGAUUUCUUGGUGGUGUUUCAUGGGCCAUGUUGGUUGCAAGAACUUGCCAGCUUUAUCCAAAUGCUGCAGCAUCAACUCUUGUAGAAAAGUUUUUCUUAGUUUUUUCAAAAUGGAAGUGGCCAAAUCCAGUUUUAUUAAAAGAAUUGUCCACUGAGAAUAAACUAAGCUAUCCUGUCUGGAAUCCAAAGAUAACACCAGCAGAUGGUUAUCACUUGAUGCCAAUCAUCACUCCAGCGUAUCCCCAACAAAAUUCCACAUACAACGUCUCCGCCUCAACCAAGAAAAUUAUGCAAGAUGAAUUUGAAGAAGGACUCAAGACUGUACAGAAUAUUUAUUUUGGAAAAGCUGAUUGGCAUGCACUUUUCACACCUCCUAGUUUUUUUCUCAAAUACAGACAUUAUAUUGUUCUUAGUGCGCUGUCUGCCAACGAAGAGGAUCAUAUUGCAUGGACUGGUUUAGUUGAAUCGAAAGUAAGACUGCUGGUCAAUCAAUUAGAAAAUAAACCAUACAUAGAAUUAGCUCAUGUCAAUCCCAAACACUACCCUCCACUAAAUCCUGACAAAGAUUGUUGUAUCAGUCGAUGGUUCAUAGGAUUGUCGUUUGAAAAAACAGAGAACGUCGCACUCGACCUAACUUAUGACAUUCAAUAUUUCACAAAUAUCGUUCACAAUCGUGCUGUGACAAUUGAAAUUUUCAAAGAAGGAAUGAAAACAGAAGUAAAAUAUGUUAAAAAAAAACAAUUGUCAGAUUACCUGCCUUCUAGUAUCUUAAGAUUAAAAAAGAAAAGUUCACUUCUUCCGAAUAACGGUGUAGAAAAGAUCGCAGAGGAAAAGAAGAGUGACAUUGUAAAUAGCGAGGACACUAGCCGUGAUGUCCACAAUGAACAGAAAUCUACGGAAAUCGAAGAAAAGAAAGAUGAUAACGGAUCUUCCUGUGUAGAAGAGAAGAUUUUGGAGGCUAAUGAGAAUGGAUUGGCGAGUAUUGCUGGGGUGAAGAGGCGAAGGGAGUCCACAACGGAUGAAUCUGCCGAAGAAGAUGGAAUUAAGAAAAAGAGGCAAUUUAAACCCGGAGAACAGGUAGACGUGUUACCGGAGGGGAUAGAAGUGCCGCAGAAUCAAGUCGUAGCAGCUAAAAAAGAAGCUAUAAAGUUGACUUUGAAAUAACGCUUCUCGUCUCGUCUCUGCAUGGCCCAAACACCGCGUGGCGGAGCCUUGGAUGUGGAUAUCAGCUUCUUCACAGGAUAGUAUGAAACCCUGAGAUUGAGUGUUCCCCAUUUUGAGACAAAUACGAGUAUGAACUGUAUUAUAUUAUGUAUAGACGUAUAAGCAUUGCGCACAGCGAGGCCUUGACUGCAGCCAGGGAUUUCACUGACUGAGCUCACAACAAUCCUGCAUUUUGAUCAUUGAAUGAGAACUUUUCCCGAGAACAGAACUCACUUCGAUAUAGUUGAAGUGUCGAUUCGGAUUCAUUCAUUCAUUUCAUCGGUUGAUGGUCGUCAUGGCAACGUUUCAUAGUUUUAGUUCAUAUGUAUAGUUGAAAUUGUUGCAGUUGCAGUAUGUCAGCGCUUGAAGGUCGACGACUAUAACAGACUCGUAGUUUCUCUCUCCACGUUUGUGUUUUCGCCUGAUAUUGGCUGCAUAGAUAACCUUAGGUGGUCAUUCCUUCGUAGUGUUUCCAUAGUAACUUCGUGCAUAUUGCAACAGAUUUUUGGGAGGUCUUAUGAAACCUCCAUUUCUUCUUUCAUCCUCAAACUAGUUGGCAGAUAGUGGCGUUCGUAUUCUCCCUGGGCUUUAUAUAUGACGCUAUUCUUUUUCUUAUGAUCACAUUAGAUAUUUCUGUCUACCGACAGACGAGUUUAACGGAAAAGCAUAUAUGUUUUAAUUAAUAGUAUCCUUUGAAGAGGAAGGGAGAAGAUUUGACUAGACAUUGUUCGUACACUGUGGGGUGUCGCAUACAUAAUUAAUAUUGUAUUGAAUAUUAACUUGUAAUGGAUGGUGUCUUUUACAGGUUUUGGUGAUUAUAUUCACCAUGGUAUUGUGUGUUUU